UCGGGUCACAUGACGGGCAUGUUACUGCGGGCUGUGGAAGAAUCAGGAAGGUAAACUUUGGCCAGAUGGGUUUGAUGGUGGACACAAGGUGGGCAGAAGCGCGUGUACUACAGUUUAAACAGACCACCGGAUAGAGGACAGUGUGUUUAGAAGGAGACGAGCCAAGCCUAUCUGAGGCAGUAUGGCGGGAAUAACAACUUACACACUAUUUAUUGUGUGUAUUGUUUCAACUGGAGUGAUCACACACACUCAAGCUGGAAGUAAAAGCUGUGAGGCUCGGAUGUUCUCUGAGGAUUCGGUGGUGUGCGAGUGUAAUGCCACGCACUGCGACUCUGUCGGUAAGGUCACUUUACCCGCUGUGGGGCAGUUCGUGACGUUUCUGACCAGCGAGGCGGGCAGCAGGCUUCACCAGGAGCAGGGCCAAGUACAGAGGAACAGCACUGGCGCAGCUGUGAGGAUCACUCUGGUUCCUCAGCAGAAGUACCAGCACGUUCAGGGCUUUGGAGGAGCCAUGACUGAUGCAGCUGCCAUCAACAUCCUGUCCCUGUCCACCGGAGCCCAGGACCAGCUGCUCCGCCAGUACUUCUCUCCAGAGGGUAUAGAGUAUAACACGGUCAGAGUGCCGAUGGCCAGCUGUGAUUUCUCCACUCGCUUGUACACGUACGCCGACACACCUGGAGAUUACAGCCUGCUUAACUUCACCCUGGCUAAAGAGGACACACACAUGAAGAUUCCCCUCCUGCAGCAAGCUCAGGCUCUAUCUCCUCGCCCUUUGUCUCUGUUGGCUUCGGCAUGGAGCUCCCCCGCCUGGAUGAAGACCAAUGGUGAACUAAUGGGCAAAGGCUCACUCAAAGGCAAGCCAGGGGGCAAAGAGUACAAGGCCUGGGCUCAGUACUACAUCAGGUUUCUGGAGGAGUACGAGAAACAUAACAUUUCCUUCUGGGCUCUGAGCACAGGUAAUGAACCCACUUCGGGCGAGUUGACCAAUUACAGCUUCCAGGCUUUAGGCUUCACUCCAGAACAGCAGCGGGAUUGGCUCGCACUAGACCUUGGCCCCGCCCUCCACUCCUCUCCAUACGCCAAGACCCGAGUAAUAAUCCUAGAUGACCAGAGGCUCCUGCUUCCUCACUGGGCCAAAGUGGUUCUGAGUGAUAUUCAUGCUGCUCGCUAUGUCCACGGGAUCGGUGUCCACUGGUACUGGGACCGAUACGCUCCUGCUGACAUCACUCUAGGAACCACUCACGACCUCUACCCUGAGUACUUCCUGUUUGGCACUGAGGCAUGUUCUGGCUGGAGCAGUCUUGACCGUGGCGUGCGAUUGGGCAGCUGGAGGAGAGCAGAAGACUACGCCCACGAUAUCAUAGAGGACCUGAAUAACCAUGUGACUGGAUGGAUGGACUGGAAUUUAGCGUUAGACCUGGGAGGAGGUCCGAACUGGGCGAAGAAUUUUGUGGACAGCAGCAUCAUCGUAGACAGCAGCAGGGAUGUGUUCUACAAGCAGCCCACCUUCUACAGCAUGGCUCACUUCAGUAAGUUCCUGUGGGAGGGGUCUCAGAGAGUGGGCGUGUCCGUAUCGAAACACUCCGCCCUGGAAACAACAGCCUUCAUCAGACCUGAUGGCUCAGCAGUGCUGAUUGUUCUGAACAGGUCUGAUGUGGAGGUGCCGUUUGAGGUGUGGGAUCAGACGGUGGGCUUUUUACCCUCCAGCGCUCCUCCUCACUCCCUCCUCACGCUGCUCUGGAAGCGCUCCUGAUUAACCCUGUGCAGAUCUGCACUGUCGGGACUGGAGGAAACUGCACUGAUCCGAGUUCCAGUUCUCACCACACUGCUGAAUCUACAGGCUUUACAGAGAUGAUCUGAAUAAUUUCACUGACUGUAACUAACUGCAUGUUCAAGCCAACAAUCCACAUGAUCAUUUUCAUUACAAAAUGAUUGAAGAAUUUGA